CAUCGCCUGUCAGCGCUGGAGCAGCAGCAGCAUGAAGAAGCCCAGGCUGUGGUUUCUGCUGUGGGUUUGUGUUUUGCGAGUCCCUCCUGGGUUCUGUUGGCACGACCUGGACAACAGCGAGUACGACUGCUGGCCUCUGGACCAACCAAACGAAUACAACAUGAUCGACUGUGGAGGUAUGGAGAUGGCCUGGGUGGUGCGUCCUCCAGAGCUGGUGAAAACCGGCGAGAUGUUCACCGUCACAUACUCCGUCACGGCCCGGGACUCCUUCUACCAGUGGGCGGUCCAAAAUGGCGUCUUCACACAGAGCUCAAUAACAGAUGCUGCUUCUGCUCGAUGGUUCUGUGAACAUCAAGACUGUCCAGCAAGUUGGACAGAAGCUGAUGGAGAAAACUGCUGCAUCCAUCAUGCUAACAUCCACUCCUGUCCAAUGGGAUACAUGACAGAGAGCAUCUGUGGCCCCUGGAUUCCAGAUGAUGGAAAAAUCUUCACCCACACCAUCUCCACGACGGGUAAGAUGUCCCAGACCAACUGGACUUCCAAGGUGGUUCUGUUCCAUCCAGGCUUAACCUCGCUUAUUGCUCACAUCAGAGUUGGUACCAUGCAGGCUGCACUGGAGGCAAAGAGCACUGUUGUGCCAGCUGUAGUUUGUGGUGAUAAAAUCUGUGAGGAGGGGGAGUAUUGUUCCACAUGUCCAGCUGACUGUGGAGAAUGUCCCAUGAGUCCCGCCACCAAGGUGGCCAUCGGCCUGCCGCUCAGCCUGCUCUGCCUUUCCUUCGUACUGACCGCCGUGUGGCUGAGAUAUCAGAAGGAAAAGCUGCUGUGGGACGAGAGCUGGAUCAUUGACUUCUCAACAAUUAAACAAGAUCAGGAAACUCAUAUGACCAUGGGCAGCAUGAUGAGCGCACCAGAGGGACACAGGGACAGCAACGUGAGCUGUGUGACUGCAUUCAGCUCCUGUAAUGCCCAACCAGCAAAUUGGAAGGGACCGUUCACCUGCACCGGGAUAUAUGAUGGCAGAACGGUGGCGAUCAAAAAGAUCCAAACAAAGUCGUUCUCUCUGUCCAAGACCAUCAGGGAGGAAGUCAAACAAGUCAGGGAGCUUGAUCAUCCAAACUUGAGCAAGUUCAUUGGCGGAUGCAUUGAAGUUCCAAAUGUUGCCAUAUUAACAGAGUACUGCCCAAAGGGAAGUCUUCAUGAUGUCCUGCUGAACGAGGAGAUCCCCCUCAACUGGGGCUUCAGGUUUUCCUUCGCCACAGACAUUGCCAGAGGGAUGUCGUAUCUCCAUCAGCAGAAGAUCUGUCACGGCCGCCUCAAGUCUCUGAACUGUGUGUUAGACGACCGCUGGGUGUGCAAAAUAACAGACUAUGGGUUGAGGACAUACCGGAGGGGAGAUGGGACGGAGCCCUUGUCCUCCUAUCAGCAGAGGCUCCUGGAGGUCUAUAUGCCACCUGAGUUUCAGACCUCCAACGUGGAGCCGACACUUGCUGGAGACGUAUUCAGCUAUUCCAUCAUUCUCCUAGAAAUAGCCACUCGCAGCGACCCUGUCCCACCAGAAGACUCUAACCUGGAGUGUGCGUGGUGUCCUCCUCUACCUGAGCUGAUCUCCAGUAAAGGCGACAACACCUGCCCCUGUCCUGCAGACUAUGCAGAGCUGAUCCGCCGAUGCCGCUCUAACAACCCCCUCCACCGACCCACAUUUGACCAAGUCAAGAAGUUUGUUCACCGCAUCAACCCCAUCAAAGUCAGCCCAGUGGACAUGAUGAUGAACCUGAUGGAGAAGUACAGUAAACACCUGGAAGUCCUUGUGGCCGAGAGAACUCAGGAUUUGAUGCUUGAGAAGCAGAAAACCGACAGGCUGCUGUACAGUAUGCUUCCUAAACAGGUAGCUGAUGAUCUACGUCUGGGGAAACCAUUACAGGCCCAGAGCUACGUCAGCGCCACUGUCUUCUUCAGUGACAUUGUUGGGUUCACUCAGCUGUCCAGUAGCAGCACUCCUUAUCAGGUAGUCGACUUCCUCAACAAGCUGUACACAACGUUUGACGACAUCAUCGACAACUAUGACGUCUACAAGGUGGAAACCAUUGGAGACGCCUACAUGGUGGUGUCGGGCGUUCCUCAGGAGAACGGGAUCCUGCAUGCCGCGGAGAUUGCCAGCAUGGCUCUGGACCUGGUUGGUGUCUGUCGCACCUUCAGGAUCCCCCAUAAACCCAACACCCAACUACAGAUACGAGCGGGAAUUCACUCAGGUCCGGUGGUGGCUGGAGUUGUGGGGACCAAGAUGCCUCGGUACUGUCUGUUUGGAGAUACGGUGAACACAGCUUCCAGGAUGGAGUCCAAUAGCCUGGCUCUGAAGAUCCAGAGCAGCUCCAGCACCUUUUACCUGCUGGAGGAGAUUGGUGGCUACGUGUUGGAGUGCAGAGGAACCCUCCAGGUCAAGGGGAAAGGUGACAUGGUGACGUACUGGCUGGAGGGCAAGAAGACGUCUGGAGGGUCCAAGGACGUGGGAAACGACACCAGAGCAGCCAAACAACACAACCUAGAAGCAGAGAAGGAGAAGGACCUGUACUCGUCCGUUCCCGGGUUCAUCAGCGACGACCUUCUCAUGGAUCCAGCCUGAUCCAAAACUUCUCCGCAGAUAAUCCACGUGGUAUAAACUAGGAAUGGUCAGCUGUACUUCACCAGUGGUUGUAAAUGUGUAGAAAAUGUCUCAAACACAUCAUGAAUGGUGUUAAUUUAACUGUUUAUUAGGAAUCUUCACCUUUCUCAACCUUUAGAAAGUAAUUUAUUUAUGUUUGUAGAUAUGUUAUUAUUAUUAU